AUGGAGGAUUUACAAGAGAGAAGAAGUACCUUAGAACAGCAAGUACGAGCAUUAACUUCGGAGCUGGCGGUCAUCAAGGCUUCAUCGAGUCAGGCAGAGAAGGAAAGGGAGCGCCUUGAGUCUUCAUUUUCUGAACAGUUAUCGAAGGCCAGUGAAGAGAUCCGGGCGUUGAAGGAUCUUUUGAAUCAGAAAGAAAUUUAUGCCAGGGAGCUAGUUCAGAAUUUUACCAAGGCACAGGAGGAUCUUCGAGCCUCUGUUGAUAAGGUGCAUGCUUUGGAGAGUUCUCAUGCCACCCUUCAAUCUUCUUAUAGUUCUGUCUUGGCUGAGAAUGAAGAGCUCAAGAAUGAAGUCGCUGCUUGGGAGAGGGAUUAUGAAAUCCUUGAAGAGAAAACUGAUGUUGAGGUAAGUUGGGCAUUCUUAAAUUCACGUCGUGACACCUUACUGGAAAUGGGCCAAGAAAGCUUCAACCUGGAAUCAGAAUUAGCCAAGGUGAAUGAAACCAUUGAACGAGCUCAACAAACACAAGAUUUUUUAUCUCCCGAAGUUGAAGCUCCCGUGAUUGAAACUUCCGUGGCUGAAACUCCCGCUGUUGAAGUUCUUGAGAACGCUGAAAUUACCACGGGUGUCUCUCCUUUUUAA